AUUAGCCAAUCAAAUUAGCCGUUUUAUCUCGUCCUGUUUACAACCCGAGAUCACCAAAAACGAGUUUGGGGGUGGUGUAGCCGGCGUUAAGACGUUAUGGCGCCACCGAGCACAAAUGCCCCAUACCGAUCGCUGAUGCUGGGAACAAAAUUUUGGUCUCCGUUGCUGGCCCCAUUUAUCUCAAUCUUCACUCCUACGUUUCUCCGAAACGCACCAACCACGUAUUAUUAUUUUUUUCUUUUCCCCCCAAUUGGAAUUUGGACCCUUACUUCCGAUCCAAUCCACGAGACAUGGCUUACACCUGUAACAGAGACAUUGAGCGUUUAAUGAAAUCAGAACCAACUGAUUCUGCUCUUAAGCUGUUCGACGGAAUGCCUAUACGAAACGCAGUUACACGGGACACAAUAAUUUCGUGGGUUUCAAGAGGAACAUUGUCCUUGUACAGUCAAAUGGUUUCCCAAAGAGAGUUCAUCUACGUUUUCGACUGUUUCUGAUGUAUAUCAAGGACUACAAGUUCACAGCACAAUGAUGGAUUGUUCUUGGUUCAUAUUUGAUAGCGUACGUGGGAACUGCAUUAAUUAAUCUUUACAUGAGCAUGGGUGUUGUCAGUUUUACUUUGAGACUGUUCAAUGAUUUACAGAAGAGAAAUGUGGCAACAUGGAAUCAUUUCCUGAGUGGUUUUGGUGAAUUUGGAAGAUCACAAAAGUGUCAAGUAGUUAUGCACUGACAUUCUGCCAGAGAGGGGUCAAUAGCAUGGAGUCUUUUUGACAUGUGGAAAGUAUUUAUGCACUAAGAAAAUGUUUGAUGAGUGAAGCAAAGAUUUCCAGAAAAUGUAUAUUCUUACACUUGAAGUGUUGGACAUGUGGUGAUGAACGUGGUGUCAGGGUUCUUGUGAAUGUUGAUAGCUUUGGUGCUGUUGGAGAUGGAGUUUCUGAUGACACAAAGGCCUUUGGAGAUGCAUGGAAGGAAGCAUGUUCUACAGCAACAGCAGUGCUUUUGGUUCCUCCUGAUCGAACUUAUCUUGUUAAUGCAACAAGAUUUAAAGGACCUUGUGCUGAAAAUCUAAUCAUUCAGAUUGAUGGAACAAUUGUAGCACCAGAUGAGCCCAAAAACUGGGAUCCUAAAAACCCUAGAAUUUGGCUCUACUUUGCUAAUCUCAAAGGCGUCCUUUUCCAAGGAGAUGGAGUUAUAGAUGGGUCAGGAAAGAAAUGGUGGGCUGCAUCUUGCAAAAAGAACAAGACAAAUCCUUGUGUAGGAGCUCCCACGGCAUUAACAAUUGAUCAGAGCUCAAAUAUAGAGGUGAAGGGCAUUACUGUCCAAAACAGCCAACAAAUGAAUUUUGCUAUUUCCAGAUGUGAAUCUGUUCGUAUCUUUGAUGUUGUUGUCUCUUCCCCUGAAGACAGUCCAAACACUGAUGGAAUCCAUCUUACUGCAUCUACAAAUGUAGUUCUUCAAAACUGUAAAAUCGGAACAGGUGAUGAUUGCAUCUCAAUUGUCAGCGGUUGUUCUAAUAUCAAGAUGGAGUCGAUAUAUUGUGGGCCUGGUCAUGGAAUCAGUAUAGGAAGCCUUGGAAAAGAUAACUCAACAGGCUUUGUCACAGCAGUAGUUCUAGACACAGCAUUUCUUAUAGGCACUACAAAUGGCCUAAGAAUCAAGACAUGGCAGGGAGGAUCUGGUUAUGUUAGAGCCAUCCGUUACCAAAAUGUCCAAAUGGUAGAUGUGGCAAACCCGAUAAUAAUCGAUCAAUUCUACUGCGAUUCACCUAAAAGUUGUAAAAAUCAGACAUCGGCUGUGGAGAUAAGUCAGAUUAUGUUUGAGGACAUAAGUGGGACAUCAAAAAGUCAAAAUGCAAUGAAGUUUGCAUGCAGUGACACAGUUCCCUGCAACCACAUUGUUCUGAAUAACAUCUACUUAAAGAGAAGUGAUGGGAAAGCAGCUCAAACUUUCUGCAACUCGGUUAAGGGGUUUAAGUAUGGGUAUGUGCAACCAUCUGCAGACUGUUUGACACAGUCUAAUAAUGACUCUGACUCAUUCAUUAACACAUUUCAACAAGAUGAACUCCUCAAGAGUCACAGCUUGAUUCAUAGUGAACUUUAAUUAUGUGUUAACAAUCUAUAUAUUGUAAUGAGUAUGUAUGUUUUGAGUUAUGAUGAGUGUGUGUGUGUGUGUAUAUAUAUAGAUGUUAUUCUAGAGGUCAUCUUGUAUAUGAACAUUACGUGAGGCAUUUUAGUGUCAUGUGAUGUGAUUGUGACUUUGUGAGUGGUGUUGGGUGUUUAUUUUGAGUUGUAAUGAGUAUAUAUAGUUAUAGAUGUUAUAUACAUAUGUAGUCAAAUAAUUCUUCAUAAUAGAUAUACGUUUCAUUCUUU